UUUCCUCUUCCUCGAGUCAUCGGACAUGUUCACACGUGCGUUGAACGUGUUCAAACCCUCCGCCGCCACUCCGCCUCCGGACCUCGAAAACCCUCUCCUGCCGGCGACAAACGCCGCCGCCAGGUUUCCCAACCGCCGAUGUGAUUGGCUCGUGCCGCUCCUAAUCUUCCUCGUAAUAUUAGUUACAGCCUUUUAUUGCUUCGCGAAGGAUGUCAAUGAAGCCUACAACAACGCCUACAACAACCCUGAAUUCAGACUAGACCCCGUGGUUGUCUCCUCGUUCAACGUGGCCAAGGCCUUCCACAAGGCGACCGCGUGGGAGGCCACGCUGUCGCUUGAGGGGAAUUUCAAGAAGCUGGACCUCAGGUACGAGGUCCCGCGUCUCUGGAUAUACUCUGGGGACGAGGGGUCAGUGUCCAUGACGUCCCCUUCCCUGAAGUAUAGCCGAGAUGGCAAGAAGUUGAUCCUCCGUGGCGUGUUUGGUAUGGAGGAGGACGUCGAGAACCGGGUGGUGAAUCUUGAUAUGGUGAUGGAAUCCAACACGUUGCGAAUUGUCAAGAUGCACUCGUCCAAGGUUGAGAUCAAGUCCUUUUUGAUGAUCAUUUGUGAGGAUUUGAAGAUUGAGUUUGACCCUUUGACUAAGAGAUAUGGAACGUUGACCGAAAGUGGUAAGAGUUGUCGUGUUCAAGUUUGCCCUAUUGAACCACACCCAUUGUAUGACGGAGUUGAUAAAUGUAAUUCUUCAUAGUUUAGAAUAUACUAGUAAUAAUUUGGGAAAUUACUUAACCAUGACUGUACUGAUUUAAAACAUCGUUAGCUUAGAAAAUAUCACAAAUUUUGAUAGGGUUAGUUGAUGUAGUGAAUUCUGGAGUUUAAUGUGUAAUUAAUGAGUUACUCCAGGCCAAGCAACACUAUUUU